AUUUCUUCUUUUCAUUCACUCUAAUUGACUCCCCUUUUUGUCUUGUAUUUUCACUCAAGUUCAAUAAUUAAGGGUUUAAAAGAUAUAUCAGUAAUAAAUCAAAACAUUUUCACCCAAUUGUUGGAUCUUUCAUGCUAAAGGGAGUAUAUAGCUCGCUUCUCAAUACACCUUAGAGAAAAUUGUGGGUUCACCUUUACUAUUGUUGAUACAAAAAUUAUGGCCAGGAUUAUUAGUUGUAUUUGGAUCAUUUGCCCUGGAUAUUACCAAGCACUUGUCCUCUUUUACUUUUCCCCGAUUUUCAGAUUCCAGAAGAGCCAAAUGGUUGACAAAAAAAAUGGUUCACACAUUCAAAGUAAAAUACACUUGGGGGUCAUCUGGAAAAGUUAUAACAAAAUUUGAAGAGCCAGUUGACCAGCUUUGAAUCACAUGGGCUCUGGAAUUACAUAGCCAGUUUACAUUUUUAUUUAGUUAGUUAUAUUUUAGUAUCAAACCCAUUUCAGCGCAAAUCAGCCAGAAGCAAAAGGCCUGAAAAUGCAAGAAUGUUUUCUGUCAGUCUGACUUGUUUUGGCUGAGUUGUAUAUUAUUGGUUUUUGUUAUGAAAUUUAAUGUACACAAAAGAUAAUGAAGAAGAACAUGUGUGCACAAUCUCCAAGUAUGGUGAGAAUUAAAUGGUGUUAUUAUGUUGCCUUAAAAGAAAAUGUUAUUACUGUUUCCAUUAAUACUUUCUGGCAGAAACUUCAUUCUUUUUCACCUGUAAAUCCCCUUUUAGGAACAUUUUAAGUAGAUUAGUAAUGUCCUGGAGCAGGUUCACUCCUUGUUUCACAACAUUGUCUUCACCUUCAUUCUCCUAUAUAGCUCUCAAUUUCUCUUCUUGGAUUACACAGCUGAUUACUGUCACAGCUUUGUAGUAGUAGGAAUGGCUAACUAUGCCCCAUUAUAUCCUCUCCUAUCAAUCUUGAUUUUAUCCUUUUAUCAUGAAAAAAUUUCAGUUCUGGCAGUAGUGCAGAGGACUUGGUGCGUGGCAAAGCCUGCAGCAACUAAUCGAGUGCUGCAGGGCGAUAGAGAUUAUAGCUGUAGCCAUGCAGAUUGCGGCCCUAUACAGCAAGAUGGUUCAUGCUUCUACCCAAAUACACUAAUGCACCAUGCUUCAUAUGCCAUGAAUGCUUACUAUCAUUCAUCCGGCAGGCACAAAUUUGAUUGCGAUUUCAAAGGUUCCGGCCUCAUUGCUCUUACUCAUCCAGGUUCUAGCAGCUGCAGUUACCCUGGGUCUGAUGCAGAUGUGGACAUAUCGAGAACUUGGUGUGUGGCGAAACCUACAGCAUCGGAUGAUAUAUUGAAAUCCAACAUCGAAUUUGCUUGCGGACAGACUAACUGUGGCCCCAUUGAAGAAGGCGGUCUGUGCUUCAAACCGAAUACCCUUGCGCACCAUGCCUCGUAUGCCAUGAAUAAUUACUACCAACUUUCUGGGAAAGUUGCUGGAAGUUGUGGCUUCCAAAAUUCUGCCAUGAUUGUCACCAGCAAUCCAGGCUAUGGUUCCGGUUGCUAUUAUGCUUCUGCACCACCACAAAUAUAAUCGCUUACUGGAGAAGCCAUAGAUGGAUUGAAGUGUUUGAAGAUAAUAACUUUAAUGUUGGGAUCUACCUCAUAAUCAAGAUAUUGUUUAUGAAUUUCCAUUGUUGGUGAUUUUGGACUCUAAUUUCCUCUUGAGAGUAAUAUGGUUAGCAUCAUAUAUAAAACGAAUUGUUAGAAGACAGAGAACGAAUAUAAUUGAAUAAACUGUGGAAUUGUU